UUGAAAGACAAUCAUGCAGUUAGCAAACGGUUGCAGAAGGAGCUUAUGGAAUUAAUGCGAUGUGCAGACAAAGGAAUAUCAGCAUUUCCAGAGAGUGAAAAUUUAUUUAAAUGGAUAGGUACAAUAAACGGACCUCAGGACACUGUCUAUGCAGGUCACAAGUACAAGCUGUCAUUGGAGUUCCCUAAUUCAUACCCAUAUGCCCCACCCGUAGUCAAAUUUCUAACACCUUGUUUUCAUCCUAAUGUAGAUACAUGUGGUUUAAUAUGUUUAGACAUUUUAAAAGAUAAGUGGACCGCUUUGUAUGAUGUUCGUACAGUCCUGCUCUCAAUUCAGAGUUUGUUAGGUGAACCAAAUACGCAGAGCCCUUUAAAUCAGCAAGCGUCCUAUCUGUGGCCAAAUCAAGCAGCCUAUAAGAAGUAUCUGGAUGAAUUUUACAAUAAGCACAAAGAUUCAUAG